GCUCUCCAGGGGGAUCCUGCUCUGCUUUGGGACCAUGGGGAAGAGAGUGGCCGUGGUGCUGGCUGGCUGUGGGGUGUAUGAUGGGAGUGAGAUCCACGAGGCCUCCGCCGUGCUGGUGCACCUCAGCAGGGAGGGGGCACAGGCAGAGGUUUAUGCUCCUGAUGUUGACCAGAUGCACGUGGUGGACCAUGUGAAAGGACAGCCCACCCAGGAGAGACGCAACGUGCUGGCUGAAAGUGCCAGGAUAGCCAGAGGCAACAUCAGGGACCUGGCCCAGCUGGAUGCCACGGGGCUGGAUGCCCUCAUCAUACCAGGUGGCUUUGGAGUGGCUAAAAACCUGAGCACUUGGGCUACUCAGGGCAAGAACUGCACCAUCUCCAGAGAGGUGGAGGAUGUCCUGAGGGCAUUCCAUGCUGCCCAGAAGCCCAUUGGGCUCUGCUGCAUCUCCCCAGUGCUGGCAGCCAAGGUCUUCCCAGGCUGUGAGCUGACUGUGGGCCACGACACCGAGUGUGAGAAAUGGCCUUAUGCAAAGACUGCUGAGACCAUGAAGGAGCUUGGCUGCAAGCACGUGAACAAACACGUCACCGAGGCCCACGUGGACGUGAGGAACAAGCUGGUGACCACCAGUGCCUUCAUGUGCAAUGCCCCCCUGCACGAGGUCUACCAGGGCAUUGGGGCAAUGGUGAAGGAAGUGCUCAGGCUUGCCUGAACCCCCACGGCCACAGAGCCCA